CCAACGCUUUUCGCGACGCGCCUGGCAGCUUUUCUCCCUCAACCGACGGCGAGAAAAAGCAGCUUUUUUCAACUCGCAUCUGCCUUCACAACUGCAUUUUAUCUCGUCGCCUAAGACUAAUAUUUCUAUCCAUCUCUUCUAUUUGGCCCUAGUCAGCUUUGUCAUCGCGCAUUACCGCAUCCAAAAAGCUCCGCCGCCUGCCGCAAUCGCCCCCUUUCGCCCAAGCAUCUGAAAGCAAGCAAGCAACAAACGGCCGCCCUUCUACUCCCUUUCGAGCCGCCGACAGUAGGUGCCGCGGUGCAUCUACUAAAUACAUCACCAUGGUGGACUGGUCGGGACUCAAAGUCGUCGACCUCAAAGCAGAGCUCAAGAGUCGCGGUCUGCCCUAUGCUGGCCUCAAGGCAGAGCUAGUUGCGCGACUGGAGGCUGCCGACAAAGAGGCAGCGCAGGAGGGAGGCGAGAACCCACCAGAAGAGUCCAAUGAACCGGCAGCUGUCGAAGAAGACAAUGUCGACGCCGCACAACGCUCUCCCGCGAGGGACCCUACUCCAGCGCUCGAGCAAACGGCCGAUGACGGCCAGGAAACCAAGCCUGCGCUGCCAACCGAGGAUCGCAUUGCGCCUCCAGUUCCAGCUCCAGCUGAGUCUGAGCCAGCUGAGCCUGAGCCAACUGUGUCAAUUGUCGAGAACCCCUCUGAAGCCCCAGAAGGCGAUGCUGGCAAGGGUAGCGAGGCGGCUGUUGACAGCCACCCGCCAGCUGGCAAAGAAGAGCCCCUUGAACGAACUGCUUCCCCCGCGCCAAAAGAACCCACACAAGAAUCCACACAGGAGCCCUCACAGGUUCCCACUGCAGAGGUUUCUAUCGAACCGACGCCGGAAGCUCAGAAGCGCAAGCGACGUUCUCACAGCCCGCUUCCCACCGAAGAAGACAUUGCACAAAAACGUGCACGCGUCGAUAACACCACCCAUGAGGAUGUCGCCCCCGUCGCAGACAAACCGAACGAGGCGGAUAUUGACAUGACAAGCGCUUCUCACGAAGAACAGCCCUCUGCCAUGGAAGACGUUCAGCCCGUCGAGACAGAGAGGAGCGUGGAGCCGGCGCAGCACUUCCCUACUACCUCAAUCUACAUUAGCAAUCUGAUGCGCCCAUUGCGCCCCGAUGAUCUGCAGAACCAUCUCGUCAGCCUUGCAGCCACGAAUGAUUCUGACGCCGCUAAGGACCCCAUUGCUAGAUUUUACCUAGAUCAGAUCCGUACUCAUGCCUUUGUCGCCUUUGACUCGGUGGCCACCGCCCAACGAGUUCGCAAAGCACUGCACGACACCGUCUGGCCGAAUGAGAGCAACCGCAAGGCGCUAUCAGUAGACUUUAUUCCCUCCGAAAAAGUCGACGAAUGGAUCGAGACGGAAGAGGCUGGCGGUAGACGGUCGUCGAUUCGUUGGCAGGUGGUUUAUACUGAUGGACCUGAUGUCCAGGCCUCUUUGGUGGAAUCUACAUUUGCGUCGAGAACGGGACAGCCAGAACCGGCUGCUGCUACUAGACCGCCGCUGCCCCAGUUUGGGCCUGGAAGUUCCAAUGCUAUGCCCAUUGGCCCUCGGGCGCAGCGUGGCCGCGACCAGUAUCGUGAGGAUGAGGGCGAGGGGGAUCGCUCUCGGGGAAGGGAUGUCGAGGGUGACCGCAGUCGACAGUGGGAUUCUGAGACGAUGCGCCCGCCACCUACCGGGCCACGAGGAAGGCGAGCAGGUCCGCGAUCUACCGCCAGCUCUUUGGACCAUGUUGUUGAAAGGACCAAGGCCCGUCCACACAUCCCAUACCAGGCGGUAGCAGAGAGUGUUGCCCGGCGCCGUCUGGACAACAUAUCAGUCUACAGCAAUGAGGACUCGAGUCCUGGUUUCAACUCCAACCGCUACUCCUUUGAAGGCGGCGACAACUUCGUGGAUCGCGGCAGAGAGAUCUUCGAGGGCAUUCGACCUCCUCAUCGUGAAGCUGAACGCCGUGCCGGACGCGGAAGCGGCCCUCGGCAACGAAGAGGAACACCGCCCUUUCGGUCCCGAGGCGAUCGAUAUGUCCCUAGCGGUGCGGGCCCCAGCCGACGCACUGGUGGUGGGUAUCCUACGAGUAGCUGGGACUAGAACGACCCGACCACGGGUUAUCGUGCUGUGUGACGUGGGAAGUUGAGAGGGGGGAUACCAUGGAUGAUGGAAUUUAUCAAAUCUUGAUGGCGUUUAAGGGGGAGGGGAUAAUAUACAGGGUUAUAAUAAUAGGGUGGCAACACGGAGGGUUUUUUUUACGAGGGAAGAUGGAUAUGAAGGUUUUUUGCGAUGUUUGGCCCCCUGUGGCUUUUGCUUUUGCAUUGGAUCCCGGUUGAGGAUCUAUAUGCGUGUAUGAAUUAAUGUAGGAUACCUAUGUAUAAACAUGUAUGAGUCUUGUUUAUGUUGAGAUGAUCCGGUGAUCUUCUGAUAAGAGGACUUGUGUCAAUUGCAAUUUUAAGCAUUUCGAGCACUUUUUGAGAUCUCGCUUAAAAUUUCAUCUACUAUUGGAAGGAUCCUCACGAAAUAGUC